CCCAUUUGGUUCGAGACAAAGAACUAGUAACUACUACUAUUUUUUUUCGACGUCCACGGAGAGAUUCUCCAGAGACAAAAGAGAAGCUCGAACCGGGCAAGUGAAAAACUAGGGUUUCUGAACUUCCUCCCUCCAUAUUCAUACGGAAAGCGGGCAAGGUUGUGGAAAUCUGGAAUAGCUGCUGCACACUUGCUGUUGCAAGAGGUGCUUCAGUUUUGGCUUUGGACCAGGGUGGAAAUUUGGGUCUGUUACAGCAAAUUCGUAUGUUCGUUAGCAUAAUAGUUUGAAAACAAAUUUUGGCAUUUAUACACACACUGGUGGUGGUUGUUUGGUUAGUUCGUAGCAGCAAUGGAAGAGUCCAAACACAAAUCUAAGAGGGAAGAUUCAGAAAGGGAGGAAGAACCGAAGAGGAGUCAUCGGGUUAAGGAGGAUGAGGAAGAGCCGAAGAGGAGUCAUCGAGACCGGGACAGGGAACGGAAUGGAGAGAGACACAGGGAGAAGGAAAAGGAGAGGGAUAGGGACCACCACCGUGCUUCUUCUGACAAGAAAGACAAGGAGAGUCGGCGAUCCGAGAGAGAGAAAAGCACCGAUGACAAGCACAGGGAGAAGGAGAAACACAAGGAUAGACACAGGGAAAGAGACAAGGACAGGCACCGGGUAAGGACUCGGGAUGAUGAAAGAGCGAGAAGUAGGACGAGAGACAAGGACAGGGAUGAUAGAGAUGGGGACGGGGAUAGAGAAGAUAGAGAGAAGGAGAUCAAAGAGAGGGCGAGGGAGAGGGAGAGGGAGAGGGAACGGGAGGAGAGAGACAGAGAAAGGGAGAAAGAGAAGGAGAGAGAAAGAGAGAGGGCAAGGGAGAGGGAGAGGGAGAAAGAGAAAGAGAAAGAGAGGGAGAGGGAGAGGGAGAAGGAGAGGGAGAGAGAAAGGGAGAAGAGGGAGCGUGAGCGAGAAGACAGGGAGAGGGAAAGAGAAAGGGAGAGGAAACGGGAAAAGGAGAAGCGUCGUCGAGAUGAUACUAGUGAUGAUGAUGAUGCCAGAGGACGUGAUAGAAAGGCCAGGAGGAGAGAGGAUGAUUAUAGGGAGAGAGAGCGUGAACGAAGCAGCAGGUCGAACAGGCACAGGGAUGGCAGUGAAGAUAGUGGCUCCCGAAAAAGGAGCGAGGAAGAAUUAUUGGAUAAGAAAGAGACAAGGACCCGAGAAGAGGAUUUAGAAGAAGAACAACGGAAAUUGGAUGAGGAGAUGGAAAAGCGAAGGAGGAGAGUUCAAGAAUGGCAAGAGUUGAGAAGAAAGAAAGAGGAAUCUGAGAGAGAAAAGCUUGGAGUAGCGAAUGCUGAUGAACCCAAAUCAGGCAAGACCUGGACCUUAGAAGGAGAAUCGGAUGAUGAAGAAGCGCCCCCUGAGGGCAAAUCUGAGAUGGAUAUGAACUUGGAUGAGGAUGCUAAACCUUCCGACGAGGCUGGUGAUCGCAUGGCAGUUGACUCAGAGAAUGGAGAUGCUGCACCUGCUUUGCGCAAUGUGGGUGAUGAUACUGCUGUAGAGGACGAUGAAAUUGAUCCACUAGAUGCUUUCAUGAACUCUAUGGUAUUGCCCGAAGUUGAGAAGCUAAACAAUGCUGUGCUUCCUUCUACCUCAGACGAAAAGAAUUCUGACUUGAAGAAUGGCAGUCGAAGUAAUGGAGAUCAACCUAAAAAAGGUUUAAAUAAAUCUAUAGGCAGAAUCAUUCCUGGUGAAGAUUCAGAUUCAGACUAUGGCGAUAUUGAGAAUGAUGAAGAUCCUCUUGAAGACGAAGAUGAUGAUGAAUUCAUGAAAAGGGUGAAGAAGACCAAAGCUGAAAAACUAUCACUAGUUGACCAUUCGAAGAUUGAUUAUGCCCCUUUCCGAAAAGAUUUCUAUACUGAAGUGAAGGAAAUCUCAAGGAUGACUUCUGAAGAGGUUGCUGCUUACAGAAAACAAUUGGAAUUGAAGAUACAUGGAAAGGAUGUGCCAAAGCCAGUUAGGACUUGGUACCAGACAGGAUUGACAAAUAAAAUUUUGGACACGAUAAAGAAGCUUAACUAUGAAAAGCCCAUGCCAAUUCAAGCUCAAGCAUUGCCAAUAAUUAUGAGCGGUCGUGACUGCAUAGGUAUUGGAAAGACUGGGUCCGGAAAAACACUAGCCUUUGUGCUACCAAUGUUGAGGCAUAUCAACGACCAGCAACCUUUGAUGUCUGGAGAUGGGCCUAUUGGGCUGAUAAUGGCACCUACAAGGGAGCUUGUUCAACAGAUCCACAGUGAUAUCAAGAAGUUCACAAAGGUAAUGGGUCUCAGCUGUGUGCCUGUAUAUGGAGGCUCUGGAGUUGCUCAACAAAUUAGUGAAUUAAAGCGUGGGGCUGAAAUUGUUGUCUGCACUCCAGGUAGGAUGAUUGACAUACUUUGUACGAGUGGUGGGAAAAUAACAAAUCUUCGAAGAGUCACUUAUUUGGUCAUGGAUGAAGCUGAUCGAAUGUUUGAUAUGGGUUUUGAACCCCAGAUCACUAGAAUUGUUCAGAAUACUCGACCAGACCGUCAAACCGUGCUCUUCUCUGCUACUUUCCCUCGCCAGGUUGAAAUUUUGGCACGGAAAGUGUUGAACAAACCUGUGGAAAUACAGGUUGGUGGGAGGAGUGUUGUGAACAGUGACAUAGCACAGUUAGUUGAGGUGAGACUCGAAAAUGAAAGGUUCUUAAGACUGUUAGAACUACUUGGAGAAUGGUAUGAAAAGGGAAAGAUUUUGAUAUUUGUCCACUCACAGGAGAAAUGUGAUGCAUUGUUCAGGGAUUUGCUCAAGCAUGGUUAUCCUUGCCUCUCACUUCAUGGUGCUAAGGAUCAGACAGAUCGUGAAUCCACCAUUUCUGAUUUCAAGAGUAAUGUUUGUAAUUUAUUGAUUGCUACAAGUAUUGCUGCCAGGGGUUUAGAUGUGAAGGAGCUUGAACUGGUGAUCAAUUUUGAUGUCCCAAACCACUAUGAAGACUAUGUCCAUCGUGUUGGUCGAACAGGCCGAGCUGGUCGGAAAGGCUGUGCUAUCACAUUUAUUUCGGAGGAAGAUGAGAGAUAUGCACCUGACCUUGUAAAAGCAUUGGAACUAUCAGAGCAAGUAGUUCCAGAUGACUUGAAAGCUCUCGCUGAUGGUUUCAUGGCGAAGGUGAAUCAGGGACUUGAGCAAGCCCAUGGAACUGGUUAUGGUGGAAGUGGUUUUAAAUUUAAUGAAGAGGAGGAUGAAGUGAGAAGAGCGGCAAAGAAAGCACAGGCAAAAGAGUACGGUUUUGAGGAGGACAAGUCAGAUUCAGAAGAUGAAGAUGAAGGGGUUCGAAAGGCAGGUGGCGACAUUUCUCAGCAAGCUGUCCUUGCUCAGGCAGCUGCACUUGCUGCUGCUUCCAAAGUGAGUAUGGCUUCGAUGUCAACGCCUGUCUCAGCUGCUCAACUGCUUCCGAAUGGCGGAUUAUCAGUUUCUCUGCCAGGUGUCCUUGGUCUAACAAUACCAGGAGCAGCAUCUGUUGUGCCUGGGACAACACUGCCCCUUGCUCCCAAUGAUGGGGCAGCUAGGGCAGCGGCAAUUGCAGCUGCAAUGAACUUGCAGCAUAACUUGGCAAAGAUUCAGGCUGAUGCUAUGCCUGAGCAUUAUGAAGCAGAGUUAGAGAUUAAUGAUUUUCCUCAAAAUGCUCGUUGGAAGGUGACACACAAGGAAACCCUGGGUCCUAUUUCUGAAUGGACUGGUGCUGCCAUUACAACUAGGGGACAGUAUUUUCCACCCGGUAAGAUCGCAGGACCAGGGGAACGCAAGCUCUACUUGUUCAUUGAGGGGCCUACUGAGCAAUCUGUGAAGAGAGCCAAAGCAGAAUUGAAGCGUGUGUUGGAGGAUAUUACAACCCAAGCCUCAUCACUUCCAGGUUCAGCCCAACCAGGCAGGUACUCGGUUGUGUAAGAACCAGGCUCGAGACACUGGAUGCCGAUGUUUCUUGCUCGGUUAUACUUAAGGUUGUUCAUUUUUUUCUCUAUUAUGGUUGAUCAUUGCUUUGGAGAUGCUUUAUCCUUUCUGGUGGAAUUUAAUUUGGAAGUUGUAACAGUAUCUAGUUUUUCUUUUUAAAAUGGGAAGCUCAUGGACAUGAGUUUUAUAUUGGAAAAUGAAUUAUGCCAGAUGUAGAAAUAGGAAGAUGAUUUCAAAGUCACUGUUUUGAAAUACUGAUAUGUUUUUUUUAUAGAUUAUAUGUAAUAAAAUGAACCUGUCGUCUCAUGAGCUUA